AUGGCGCUGGAUUCCGACGAAGGAAAACCAUGCCGGUGGUUCCGAGGACCUGAAUUCCUGUACCGGGCGGAAAAAGAAUGGCCGGUAGACAACCACGUCAAAUAUGAGACCUCGGAAAAAAUUCGGGCAUGCCUGGUUCAUCGGGAAAACAGUAAUACGGAAACGAUUGAAUGGAGUCGUUUUUCAAACUGGAAGCGGCUGUGGCGAAGUGUGGCGUACGUGCAAAGAUUCCUGAGCAACCUGCGGAAGAAAGUGCGUGGCGAACCUCUACAAUACGGAACGUUGACGCAAGAGGAGCUGAUUGCUUCAGAAACCUGCAUUUGGCGUCAGGAACAAGAGGCAGCCUAUGGAGAAGAACUUCGAGUACUGGAGACUGCGAAGCGAGAAAAAGUACGAGCACGAUUGGAACGGAGCAGCAAGCUACGUCAGCUAUCGCCUUUCCUGGAUGCCGCGGGAGUAUUGCGCUCAGAGAGCCGCAUUCAGAAGGCGUAUUUUGCGUCAUAUGACACCAGGUGUCCCAUAAUACUUCCCAAGGAUUACCCGGUUACAGUGCUACUCGUGGUAUCGUAUCAUAGGAAAUACCUCCAUGCGAACGGCGAGACGGUGCUGAAUGAGAUGCGACAGCGGUUCCACAUUCCCGGUCAUCCAACGCUGAUACGUACUAUUACGAAACGCUGCAAUCGAUGCCGGAUUCGGAAUGCUGCUCCCGUUGUACCACGAAUGGCACCGCUUCCAACAGCAAGACUCCAAGCUUACGUUCGACCUUUUUCCUACGUAGGCCUGGACUAUUUCGGUCCAUUGGCGGUGCGCGUAGGCAGAGCGACGGCGAAAAGGUGGAUUGCUCUGUUUACGUGCUUGACUAUCCGGGCAGUCCACCUGGAAGUAGUCCACUCUCUCAGUACGGAAUCCUGCAAGAUGGCCGUUCGUCGUUUUGUAGCCCGGCGUGGCGCUCCAGUGGAAAUACACAGCGACAAUGGCACCAACUUUGUUGGUGCCAAUAAUGGACUUCGACGAGAAAUGGAGAACACUAGCGCUGAACUCGCAGAAACGUUCACCAACACCAAUACGAAAUGGUGUUUCAUUCCACCUGCAGCGCCUCACAUGGGCGGGUCGUGGGAGAGAUUAGUACGAUCUAUCAAGACGGCUCUGGAAGCUAUGUACACUACAAGGAAUCCGGAUGAAGAAACCUUCGCAACACUGAUCGUCGAAGCUGAAGCCGUCGUAAACUCGCACCUACUCACUUUCAUCGCGGUUGAUCCAGGACAGCAAGAGGCUUUAACGCCAAAUCAUUUUUUGUUGAUGAGUUCGAGCGGAGCAACACAGCCAGCGAAGGCUUUGGUGGAGGCCACCCAGGCGUGCAGGAGCAGCUGGAAUCUAUGUCGGGUCAUGGUGGACUCGUUCUGGCGCCGUUGGAUACGCGAGUACCUACCCACGAUUGCCCGGAGAACUAGAUGGUUUAAAGAUGUGAAGCCGAUACACGUUGGAGAUUUGGUGAUCAUCGUAACCGAGGCAGCUCGGAAUGGAUGGACAAGAGGUAAGAUCCUUGAAGUGAUUCAGGGAUCCGAUGGAAGAGUACGGCAGGCGAUCCUGCAAACAUCUGCUGGAGUAGUUCGUCGACCGGUUGCGAAACUAGCAAGACUAGACAUCGAUGGAGGUAACGUUGGCCAGAACAGUUCCGGACCAAGUUACGGGCCGGGGAAUGUUGCCGACUUGGGAAUCACUGAGCGAUACGCCCCGAUUGACUCACAACGACCGCUAUGUGGGACUACCUAG